AUGAGCGGCGACGGAUCGUCCGCGGCGGGCGGGUCUCGCCGGCGCGGCGGUUCGUCGUUUUCUUUUGCUGCCUCCGCUCGCGAGGCGCGCAAGCAUGAGCAGAUCUACGGCGUGUUUGGAGGCCCCGUCGAGCCCGAUGACGAGGAGAAAACGAGUCACUUUCUGCUGGACAGCAGCGACGACGAGGCGAGUCUCUACGCGGGCGGCGGGAAGGUGAAGGGCGGCGCGAUCAAGUUCGUGAAGGGCGGCGUCUGGAAGCCCAGCAGCGCCGAGGGGGAGGCGAAGAAGGCCGGCGACGGCGAAGCGAACCCCGAGAAAAAGAAGAAAAAACGCAGAAAAUCUUCGUCGCCUGUGCGGGAGGAGAAACUCGCCGCGACCGAAGACGAUGCGGAAGCCGAACCCGAGGAGGACGAAGGCGGCGUCGCCGGCCUCUCGCUCCACGACCAGCUGCUGAACGCUCAGGUGCUCAAAGAAGUUCUCGGCGACGCUUACGAGUCGAGCGAGGAAGAAGAUGAAAAGGAAGAAAAGGCAAAAGACGCGCCGGCGAAGACGCCCAGCGGAGUGCAGGGAUUCCAGUCUGCGGCGUCAUCGCCUCCUACCGCCUCGUCGAGUGUCUCCAGCGAUCCUGCGGGCGACCGCGAGGCCGCGCGCGAGCAGAAGCGGAGGAAGCUCGAGGGUGAGGCGGCUGCCCCUGCCGAGGCCGCGAAGGACGGUGCAGAGGCAGCGUUGUCUUCAGAGAGCGAUUCGUGUAGCAGCGAGGAGGAGGAGAGAACCGGCAAGUCGAAUCGCUUCGAAUUCUCCAGCGACCGCGCGAAGGGCGGCGCUGAAGGUCAGCGAGGCGACAGAGACACCGCGUCGCUCAAAGUUGAGAGAAACACGUGGGGAUUCGCCAAAAUGGAAAAAACGUACGGUGUGGGCUUCAAGCUGCUCAAAAAGAUGGGCUUCAAAGGUGGAGGCCUUGGCCGCCACGGCACGGGGGUCGCUAACCCCAUCGAAGUCCGCGUCAGAGAGAAAAACCGCGGCCUGCAGGAGUCCGGUGAGCGCGUGGGACGUCCUUCUACGGGCAAGGGUUCGACAGCGCUCGACAUUUUGCUGGGCAAGCGGGACGACGCGGCGAGCGGCUUCUCCGAGGCUUGGAAGAAGGGCGGCGACAAGUUGAGCGCAGCCGAGAGGCGGAAGAAACGGCUGGCGCAGACGGCGGCGGAGAUCGCGGCAGAGGGUCGUCUGCAGGCGCAGCGGAGUCGUGAUAAAGUCGCCGCGGCUUCCGUCCGCAUCCUGGACAUGACCGGUCCCGAGAUCCGCGUGAUUCAGGACAAAAACGACCUGCGCGAGACGCUUCUUCACCACAAGCGCGUUGCCGACGGCGCCGCCGACGAGGACGACGACAACAUCCUGCAGGGUCUCGCGGAGGGCGACGGCGACGAGACGGGGCGGAAGAAGGGCGCCAAGCUCGCACGCGAUGCGCCGCUCCGCAGCCUGCAGCUGCAGCUGCGCCACGUGAUUCAGAAUGUGCAGGACGAACUGAGACGCGUCGUCUUGGAGAAGAAGGAGCAAGAGGCGAAUCUGCUGAGGUACACCGAGGCCCCCAGCGACCCAGGUGAAGCCGACCUCGACGCUGAGGACGUGUGGGACGCGAGGGAGAACAACGACGGCGAGGAGAAGAGCCACGACCCGAGCGCCGCGGCGGCCCUUGAGCGCUCCAUCUUUGCUUCGUUGCGCAGCGCCCGCACCCUUGCGCGGCGCGUGAGCCAAGUCGAGGACGCUCUGCGGCGCCUGAGGGAGAAGCUUGACUUCAGCGGCGGGGCGUCGCACGGAGCCGCGACCUGCGAGGAGGAGGAGGACAGAGGAGGCAGAGCGAAGGAGCGAGGCGGCAGGGAGGAAGACCGGCGCGAGGCGUCCUGGGGAAGCCGGCGCCGCGACGGGCGAUCGCGGGACGACGAAGAAGACGAAGAGCGACGCCGCAGACGCAGAGAGAAAGACGAGGACGACGAACGACGGAGAAGGCGAAAAGAGAGAGACUCUGCCGCCGCCAAGGGAGACGAGGAGAGGUCCAGAGAGCGCAGGGGCGACGACGACCGAGAGGACGACCGACGCGGCUCGUCGCAGAGCGAGCAGAAGCACCGAGAGAAGUCGCGAGAGUCUGCAGAUUCGAAGGAACGAGGCAACGCCAGUGAAGUGAGGAGUCGCAGCGCGAGCACGCCGGCCGAGAGACUCAGCCGAGACCGGAGUACGAGCCCGCGGGAAAGCCCGAAGGCGGAGGCCUCCAGCAAUCGCCUGCCACGCGGCGCUCCAUCGCCCAGUCGCGCCGGCGAUCCCUUUGGGCUCGACGAAGCCUUGGAGCUGGCGAAAGACUUACACACGCGGUGUCCUCUCGAAUUCCGCAUGCUCCACGUCCCCGCCCUCCUCACGGCGGUGCUUCGCCCGCGGCUCCAGCGCUCGCUCAAAAACUGGCGGCCGCUCGCGCCGUCUCGGGCGGCCUCUUCGUCGCUGGAAAGUCCCUCAGAGCCCGACUUCAGCACGCAGUUGCCCGUGGCAGUCGGGCGCCUGGUUGCCUUCUUUUCUGCUCUUCAACAGCGCGAAGCGGCAGAAGUCCGCGCGCUGCACCUGGCGCUCGCGCGGGCGCGAGGGCUGGACGCGUCGGAGGCCUCGGCGUCGCCCGACGGGCUGGCGGUGCACUCGUGGCUUUUCCCGCUUCUUUCGGGGCGGGUCGAGGGCGCAGUUCUGCAGCGCCGGCGGCAAGAGACCUUCACCUUUCGCCUCGCGCUGGAUGGCAACACGGCGGCGCUGCGGCUGCGGCGGCUGUCUCCGCAGGCGUCCGCAGAGUCCUACCGCCUCGGCGCGUACGCACUGGAGCACGUGCUGCGGCUGACGGUGUUGGAGACUCUGCGGACGGCGCUGGUCAACGACUGGGAGCCCGACGAGGGCGAGGGCACACGGAUGAAGCGCGCGGAGGAGAGCGGAGAGAGCCGUGGCGCGGCUGAGGCGGAGACGGGCGCGGCGGGGUCUGGCGAGACCCGCGGGGUUUGCGUGCUGACGUUGGUCGAGCGGUGGCUGGGGGCGCUUCCGCCAGACGCGGCGCGGUAUUUGAUUGAAGACGUGAUUCUGCACAAGUUGCUGGAAGCUGUAGACCUCUGGAACCCGGUCAAGGCACGCGUGCCGAUUCACACCUGGUUGCAUCCCUGGCUACCGCACCUCACGCCCGUCCAUCUGCAGCUCCUCUCUUCACCACUGCGGCUCAAGAUCGGGCUCGCGCUGGACGCCAAGUGGAAGGCGACGGACCGCAGCGCAGUGAACCUGUUGGUGCCGUGGAAGGAGAUCUUCGACGCCUACAGCUUCGCCGCGCUUCUGCAGCGGUCUGUCAUGCCCAAGCUCCACGAGCACCUGCUCAACAUGCCGAUCCGACCCGAUAAACAAAACACUGACGCCCUCCACGACGUCCUCGUUUGGGCGCCGCUCCUCCCCCUGGAGAUGCUUGUCAACCUUUUCCUCACAGCCUUCUUCCCGCGCUGGCUGCAGCUGCUCAAAGUGUGGAUCAGCUCGACGCAUGCCGACUUCACCGAAAUCCUGGAGUGGUAUUCGGGUUGGAAAGAAAUCCUGCCGCAGGCGCUGGUAACCCACCCCCGCGUCCAAGGCGUCUUCGUCGAGGCGCUGCAGCUCAUGAACUACGCGUCCGCCGCGCUCGGGCUUCCUGUCGUUCCUCAAGCCCCCGCGAACGGCGCCGCGCCGCUGCCGCCCGACGCCUCCGCCUUCCCGCACCCGCCGCCCGCCACGCCCCGGGCCGUCGGGCCCUUCCCGCCCCGCGGGGAUCCCGGCUUGGGCGCUGGCGCCGCCCCCGCGGGUCCGCCGCCCCCGAUGCCCCCCGAGGGGGGCCCUGGCGACGGCGGACCCGCGGGGGCGGCGCCCGCAGUGGGCGCAGUCAGCCUGCUCGAGUACCUGGAAGGGCUCGCGAAGGAGAAGGGCCUGCUGUUCAAGCCGAAGCUGGGUCGAAUCGAGGAGGGCAGGCAAGUCUACGCCUACGGGAGGACAAACAUGUAUGUGAAGGACAAAGUCAUCUACGUCAAGGGAAAGGCCGUGUCUCACUGGACGGCGGUGGAAAUCGAAGACCUCGUGAAACUUGCAACCGGCGAGUUGACCAAACUGGGGUCGUCCUCUUCGUCGUACUCCGGGGGAAGGGGUAAGUAG